CCUUAUCGGGACUCCCUGGCCCACAUCCUGUGUCCAUAUUUGGGCAUUUACGUCACAGCGCCCGGGCCGGGGACUCCAGAAAUGGAAGCGGCCCCGGGAGGCGGAAGAUCCGCGCCAGCCCAGCAGCCAGUAUAUAAGUGGGGGCUGCGGGCUGGGGGAGCCGCGCUGCACCUCACUAAACGCAAGGAGCCGGAGCCCGGACCCCUAGCAGCCGCUCCAGGGGGGGAUCCCCAGAGCCCCCAAGCCCCACCACCUACCACGUCUCGAUUCCCCAAAGCGCAAGGCUGGGAGGCAGACUCCCUCCGGCUGCAGAGUAACUGGGGGGAGCCCGGAUCGUCAGUCCUCUACCUCCCAGAAGCGGGGUCCCUAGGGCCCCUGUUGAGCGCUUCCCCAUCCUUGAAGCCGGGGCCCCCAUUCCGCCAUGCUGAACAUGAGCGAAUUCUGCCCAGAGGCGCUUUUGGCCAAGUACCCCGAGGGAUGCGUUGAGACCAGCCAGGAGACUUUGCGACAGGGAAGAGACCCCUCCCUCGCUGCCUUCCCGGGAGGUGACUUCCUGAGCUCCACGCUGAGCGGCGCCUGUGACACGUCCGAUUAUUUCUUCCUAGAGGGUCCCUCUCCCUCCCCCCAACCCGGCCUCAGUUACACCGGCAGCUUCUUCAUCCAGGCCAUCCCUGAGCACCCCCACGAUCAGGAGGCUCUGUUCAACCUCAUGUCGGGGAUCCUCGGCCUGGCUCCUUUCCCCGGGCCAGACGGCGCGGUCCCUCGGGGCCCGCUGGACGCCCUGUACGCCGCUAGCCCGGACACUUCCCUGGCUGGGCCCCUGGAUCUCUUCCCGACCGAGCUGGGCCCCGCCACCCCGUUUCCGGAGACGCCGUGGGACACCUCGCCGCCUGCGGGCACCUCCCCGCAGUGCCUGUACGAGCCCCAGCCGUCCCCGCCCGACGUCAAGCCGGGUCUCCGAGCCCCUCCGGUCUCGCCCGCCCUGGACGCCGCCCCGGCCUUCAAAGCCCCCUACGGGCCUUGGGACCUCUUGUCCGCCCCGAGCUAUCUGCCCCAGGGCGGGUACCAGCCCAGCCCCGAGGCUGGCUUCCCCCCGCUGGGCUCCAAGAUCGAGGAUCUGCUGCAAAUCAGCUGCCCGGCGGACCUGCCCGGCCCGGCCAACAGAAUCUACGGCGGCACCUACGAUGCCUUCUCCCUGUCCGGCUCCAGUCAGCUGCCCUCGGGCGACUUCGGGGAAGGGGGCGAGGGCCUCCAGUCCGGGCUCAGCCUGAGCCCCUCCGGGGAGGGCGGCGGCGGCGGCGGCGGGGACCUCCUAGCCCGGGCGCAGUCUUCCCCACUCAGCCUCACCCUCCCGGGCCCCGCCUCAGACUUCUCGGCAGCGCCUCCGACUGCAAACGAUUUCCCCGGGGCUUCGCAACUCCCACCCCCGACGGCGGCCCAGCCGCAGCCACAGCCGCCGCCGCAGCCGGCCCAGGCCGAGCCCAGGCGGAAGGGGCGGCGGGGCGGCAAGUGCAGCCCCCGCUGUUUUUGUCCUCGGCCCCACGCCAAGGCCUUCGCGUGCCCCGUGGAGAGCUGCGUCCGCAGCUUCGCCCGCUCGGACGAGCUGAACCGCCACCUGCGCAUCCACACCGGCCACAAGCCCUUCCAGUGCCGGAUCUGCCUGCGCAACUUCAGCCGCAGUGACCACCUCACCACGCACGUGCGCACCCACACCGGGGAGAAGCCCUUCGCCUGCGACGUGUGUGGCCGUCGCUUCGCGCGCAGCGACGAGAAGAAGCGUCACGGCAAGGUGCACCUGAAGCAGAAGGCCCGGGCGGAGGAGAGACUCAAGGGGCUGGGCUUCUACGCCCUGGGCCUUUCCUUCGCAGCCCUCUAGGCUCGGCUCGGGCCGCCCUGCAGCUCCUGGAUGACCGCGGAGCUCCGCACUCCGAACGGAGACAGCCUGAUGUCAAGGGGUCACAUCCGCGACUAGCUUCGUCCUCGCCCCCCACUUUGAGCUGGGGACCAGAACCCCAAGGGUCCUCCAAUCCCGUCCCUCUAAUGGGUCCCACCGCCUCCUCUCCCCUCCCCCUCUCCUCUCCGGACCAACGCCAGGAGGCCAUCCGAAUUUUGUUGGUUGAGGCCGGAGAGUUCAGCACCAGGCGGGAGGACAGCUCCUCGAGCUCCCUUCCCCGGGAGCCCGGGCUCUCCGGCCAGGCACUUUCUUUACACAGACUCAGGACACGGACGAUUGUCUUUUCUACUCCGGGCCCCACAAUCCUUUACACCCCACCCACCCAGAUGCGGGGAGCUGGCGGAGGGAGAACCUUCGAGCCUCCACUGGACGGCGUAGGGAGGGCGUUUCUUUGUACAGACCUGUCUGAGCCACCAUCGGGUACGGCGUUCGGUUUUCUGGCUAUUAUUUAUUUAUCGAUUUUGUAAAGCAGAUGCUGCUCUCAGGCAGGUGAUAAAGCUGUGUUUAUUUUUGCAAUUAAAGCGUUUGUGCAAAAAAAAAAAAUCGUCCAGUUGUUGCUUCUUUCAAUGAGCUGCAACUUGGCUCCUCCCCUACUAUUCAGUCCUAAGAAACCCCGGGUCCAUCUCUGCCCACUAAAGGGGAAACUGUGGUCGGAUAGGGAUUGUACCGAGAGCUCCUUCCCUCAAGGACUCGGAGAGCUCCCACCGGCAGUCCGGGGAUUGCCGGUGGGAGCAGAAUUGUAAUAAAAUGUACCUGCUCUUAUGUAACUUAUCACGGACCAACCUCUUGAGGAACGGGUCGAGCGCUCUGCGAAUUGGAUCCCACAUAUCCACCCCUUUACACAUAUCAGAAUGGCAUAGAACAAUACGGCCUAGAGGCUAGACUGCUGGCUUGGGAGGCAGGACUUAUGUUCAAAUCUUCCCCAGGGACUAUGCAAGUCACUUAAUUUCUCUGAACCUCGGUUUCCCUAUAAGCAAAAUGAGAAUAGUAACAGCAUCUACUCAGAAUUGGUGUGAAGAUUAAAUGAGCUCUUAGGUUGUACAUGGAGCAAAAGAAUUUGCAACCUUUAACAUGAACUAGAAGUUGUCAGCCAUUAUUAUUGUUACAUAAUCCUACAUCCAGUCAGAGUGGUAGAAGAAAGGAGAUUUUCUUUUUUUUUUUUUUACUUUAGGAGAGAUUGGAGCAACAUGACAUCAUAGGGUGGAGUUAGUCUGGGAAGGUUUCCAAAAGGAGGUGAGCGCUGGAGUUGAGUUUGGAAGGAAUCCAAAAAACAAGAUUUGGCAGCAGAGAAACAAGGAAAGCUGGUUUUCAAAGCCUUGCCAGGGCAGCUGGACACAAUGAUGACAACAUACCCUAAAUGUAGUCUCUGCCACAGCCUUACUGGGUAUGUCCACAAAUCAGGGGUCCUUGAAAUGAUAUAAACGAAACCCCUCAAUUUGUGGGUAAUAAAAUGCACAUGUCUCUAUUGCGGAUAAUAAUGGUGACGAUAAUAAGAGCUCCUUUAUACGGCACUUGACCAUUUACAAAGUUCUUUCCCAAAUUGCAGGGCAUAUUUAUAUCAUUAACCCCAUUUUGCAGAUUUAGAAGCCUGGGGUAUAGCAUAUAUAUGACAUAUUUAAUACAUACAUAUAUAAAUACUCUAUAAUAUAUACACAAAACAUAAAAAACAGUUCCUUUUUCUAGUUGCUUAUCAUUAAGACGAUUCCAAGUGAAUUUCCUAUUUAAUAUUUGGUUCCGUAUUCCUGAAAUCU